GUGAAGGGGGGCACCUCCGGCUCCGGCGUGGGGUCUCUUGCUCUCCUUGAGGAGGGGGAUCGGGCCGGGGGGCGCCAGCAGAAGCCGCGACCCAUUGCCAGCGCGCCUCACCUGGAACCCCAGGGAAGGGCGGAGUUCCCAGAAAACGGAACGGCCAGGAGGAAAGGUGAAAUCGCGGAUCUCAUCAUGCCCAGAGUAUUUCUGGUGAAGAGGAGGAACCCGCUGCCGGCCAGUCGCAGCUGGGACGAGCUGCCCGACGAAGAGAGGGCCGACACUUAUGUCCCAGGUAAGGCGGAGGAAGCAGCACACCUGGCCGCCCCCCCCACCCUACCUCGGCCUCAGCCGGGCUCCUCCCGCCGCCCCCAAACCGGUUGGGCUCUCCUCCAGGAGGCAGCAGUUGCCCCAAACAGCUUGGAAGCCGGAUUGAGACCGGCUCUGAAUCCUGGCCGCAGGGGACCCAAGCAACGGGCAGAGAAGAGAAGGGAACUCUGCGUAUGCUUCGAUGCACCUUUGCUACCACUUCGCAGACGUUACCGCCGGCAUUGAAAAGUUUCUGCGGCUAAGCCCUGGCGGAUCUGAAAUCGGUUUCUGCAGGAGAAGUUAGAACGUUUUCGGCUGCAGCCCCAACCUCCUUUCCCCGGGAGCGAGCCGUACUGAAGUCAAUAGGAGUUACUUCUGAGUAGACACGCUUAGGAGCAGGCGGGACGGGACGGGAGUCCCGGGCCGGCCAGUCUCCGCAGGGCUGCUCAUAAAUGCUGCCCCGCUGCCGAUUUCCACGAGGCUUCGUCUAGCCAAGUUAACGCGAAUCGGAUCGCAGCCCCAUCCUACCCGUGUAUACUCAGAAGUGAACUCACUCCGAGCAAACAUUGUUUGGCUCCGGCUUUGAGCCGCCCUUUCGGCGGAUUGCGGUCUCAGGGGUCCUGAGGUCAGGGGCGGGGCUUCGGCGGCGGCUCUCGGCCGGGAAGGGGCCGCGUGUCACCGUUUCACACGACCAGGGAGAGACCGAGCGGCCCUCUCUGGCUUUUAACAAGAGCCGCGGAGAAGAGCCCCGCGGGAGGGCUGCUAGUCUCUCGCGCGCGACUCGAGGGCUGCCUUCCCCGAAAGGGCAAACGGAACACGUGUCGCGACGACGCGGGAGCUGCUGCGGCGGCGCCUCGCCCGGGGCGCCCUUGCGCUUGGCGGAGCCUCGUCCGGAGCGGGGGGCGCUCGAGGCGGAGCGCGGUGACCUUUGCGCUCGGCGGCGGGCCGAGCAGCUCCCGGUUGAGGCGGGCGAGGCGCCGGGCGGCCGCGGGACCCGCCCUGAGAUCAAACAGGCCUCGGGAGGGUGCGCCUUUGUUUGCCGCGCCGCCCCCGGGGAGCUCCUGGCCCCCCAAGGCAGCAGCAGCCCCGCGCUCCAGGUGGGACUGCCCGGUGGGGAUCACGAGACGAGGAAAGUGAAUGGCCCCCAGUUAAUCAGCCCUCAUUCGGAAGAUCAUUAUUAUUUCACUUUCAGUAACUUUCAACUCAAGUUACUCCACCCCCAUUCCAGAGCAUUGCCAUUAACUGUAGAUUAGGAGAAUUCUCCAUUUCACUUGCAAGCAUGAAGGCAUGUGCUGCUACAGGUGCACUAGGGGGUUUCUCUUCCUAACCAGGCCUACCAACUCUAGGGGGCCAAAGGCUCCUUGGCCCUCUCAAUAUUCGUUUUAAGCAGGUUGGGCCUCCUCAAGUCUUCAGGCAUCCCUGUGCACGUUGAGCUAUGCCAGUCCAGUGUCCGAACACUGGCCUCCUGUGUCAUGUGCAUGAUUCACAUGUACACAAUGCGCGCUGAUCUUGGGAGCGACCUGGCACCUCUGCUCUCAACGGUCAUUCUACCUGUGGUCACUGCUGGGGAUACAGGCCUGCCUGUCUGAAGGCACUGCGAUUGCCUGCAAGGGAUUCCCACACGGUGGGGUUGAUGUUGCCAGCCUUGCCAAUGGGCCUGGUGCCUGAAGCCAGCACAUCCUUGGGUAUCCUGCCACCUUCCAUUCUACGUUCUUGACCAAGCCAGCAUAGACAUCACUGAGACAGAAGUGCAAACAUGCUAGGAAUGUAGUCUUGGAAGAGCACCACUUCGUUUGAAACUUCCCUGCCAUGCCCCGAAUCUUCCCGAUACAGCGCAUGUGGAAGGCGUUGAAGAGUCACUCCUGACGGUUGUUCGUUACCCGCAAUUCACUUCCAUAAAGCAGCCUGCUCAACACACACGCCUGGGAGACUUUCAUCUUGGUGCUGGACAUUAGCAUCCCAUUCUUCCAUACCCUUACGGCCAUUGCCAUAACUGCCUUGCCAGUACGCUUGUCCAGUUUAGCAUCAAUGGAGAGGUUUCUGGUUAUGGUGGAAACCAGGUAGACAAAAUCAUCUACCGCCUCAAGUGUGUGGUCACCAGUGCGGAUGUGUUUAGUGCUGGUGACAUCCUGACCCAUGAUGUUUCAUCAGGCUGACAGUAAGGCCGACUGAACGCCCUGCAAGCUUGGGGCAAAAUGGUAGGUCUUCCUCUGAAUGUGCUGUCAAGGCUGCAUCAUCUGCAAACAACAUCUCUUGGGUAAGGACCAUCCACAUUUGACAUCAGUCGAGAAGGAGGUUUCUGCACUUGCUGUUGGGGAAAUGAGGGGCAGAUGGGGCUCAUUAACCUAGGAAGGUAGCCCACCAAAGAGAAAGAAAACUAUGAUCUUAAACCCUUACUGCCUUGUGGCUAUACUCAUCCAUGAGAAAGGCUUCAGAGUAAGUUCUGAGGAAUAAUUAGUAUCCACUGCCUUGCAGGACAUCUUUGAAAGAAGGCCAAGGAGUAAACCCUACACAAAUCUGCAGUGGAGUCCCUAAGGCAGUUGGAUGGCGCCUUAUAUGUCUCCUUCUGGCAAUUCCUGCAGCCAAGCUGGUGCCAAAUGUUUUGCUUUCCUUUGGACCACAUCAGUGAGGGCUUGUCAUCUGGGCAGCCCAGGACCUCCACAUAUAUUGCCCAGGUUUGCGCCCUGGAGAGGUCACUUUAGUGUUGCGAAUGCAGCACAAACAACAUGGGAGGCAGUUAUAAGAUAUAAGCUCAACCUGACUGGUGUAAGGUAAAAGAUCUUUGGGUUGCCUUCAUUGGUGGGAAAGAUAAUUGCAUCGAACUGGUCAGCUACUGCUCACCUGAGGCCAGGCAGCCCUCAGUCAAUAAAGUGCCAAUCUGGCACUGUCCACCUUCAGUGAAUGUUUGGAACCCAAAGUAUCACCCGGCAAGUGGACUGAACCACAGCAUCAAGCAACAAAGAAAAUAAACAAACCCUCCUGCACUUAGUAAGCUGGAACAUCAGGACCAUGCGUCCUGGCUUAUCCAGUGACCUGCUGCAGGUUGGUGACUCAUGGAAGACAACCAUCAUUGACCAUGAGCUGAAAACAUUCAACAUCAACGUUUUACAGGAGACCAUACUCGCUUGGAAUGGCAGCCUCCGAGAGAAGGACACGUUUUUCUGCCAAGGAGGGCAUCUGGAAGAACCACGUAUUCCCUACAUAAGCCUCACAGUGAGGAACUCCCUUCUGUUUGUGAUAGAACCACCCAGCGAGGGAUCAGAACACUUGCUUUCCCUCCGUCUCUCAACCACCUCCGGGUUGGUCAACACCUUGAGCAUCCGUGCUGCCACUGUGUGCAUUGGCAUACAGACCAAGGACCAGUUCUAGGAGAAAGUAGGCCAGGCUAUCAGGAAAGUUCCAGCCUCCAAACACCUAUUCCUGCUGAGAGAUUUCAGUGCCAGAGCUGGGGAUGAUCAUCACACAUGGAACAACUGCAUAGGCCUCUUUGAUAUUAUUGGCAGCAUGAGCGAAAAUGGGCUAAAUCUGCUUGAACUGUGCUCACAUCACAGCCUUUGCAUCAGGGGUCUUUGCUCUUCUCUUCCAAGGCCAGGGAGGUGAGCAAUGCCUCCCUAUGACAUGGGGCUGGUCUCUGCCUGUUUGAAGGAAGCAGUGGUAAAGCCACUCCUUAAGAAACCCUCACUGGACUCAGAACAUCUAAGGAACUACAACUGCUAUUCUCCCCUUCUUGGGCAAGGUUAUUAAUUGGGUGGUUGCAGACCAGAUCCAGGCACUCUUGGAGAAAACUGAUUUUCAAUAUCCAUUUCAAUCGGGGUUUAGGCCUAGUUUUGGCACAGAAACUGCGUUGGUCACCCUAUAUGAUAGGGUAUCAUAUGUGGGUAGCUUAUGAUAGGGUAGCAUAUGCGGUGCCGGGGUGCAAAGAUCCACCCGGCCUCUCCCGCAGGUUGCCCAGUUCCAGGCUCGCAGGAGGGCGGAGCUGGCCGGCCGCCUCAGCGCCUCGCUGGCUGGGUCGCCCCCGAACUUGUGGUGCAAAGCCGCCCGCAGCAGAAGAGCCUGCCAUGGUGCUCUGACUGACGGGCAGGCUCUUCCCCAGACUCGACUUUUGACCUGGCGCCCCUGAGAGCCCACCACCCGGGUGCCCUGCACCCCUAGUGCCUAUGGGUAAGACGGCCCUGGUGAUGACCUCUGUCAGGAGAGAGACAUGGGAAAUCAUAGUUGUAGAGUUGGAAAGGACUCUUCCUCUACUCCAAGCCCUUGCAAUGCAGGGAUCUCAGCUAAAGCAUCCAUGGCAGAUGGCCAUCCAACCUCUGCUUAAAAACCUCCAAGGAAGGAGAGUCCACCACCUACAGAGGGAGACCAUUCCACUGUUGAACAGCUCUUGCCCUCAGAAAGUUCUUCUUGAUGUAGUCGGAAUCUCCUUUUUUGUAACCUGAUUCCAUAUGAUUCUACAGAAGCUUAUGACAACCUUAUGGUGUUGUUAUCCAGUCUCCUGGCGGUGUUUUUAAAUAAAGGAGCCCAGACAAGCUGCUCAGGUGUAGGAGGUAUUUUGCAGACAACUGUGUUAAAUAUGCAGAUAUGAGAGGAUGAGGCUGGUGUGGGAAAACAAUGUCAGGAGGAGGACAGUAGUUCCUGCUUCAAACUCUGGGAAUGCAACACACAGGCAACCCAUUUACUGAAACUGACUUUUUAAAGUCAGGUGUGAUGCAUAAUGAUUAGCUGAUUGUUCUGUAUCCCAAGUCUGUGAAACAGAUCAGGCCCUAUCAAAUAAGUGAGUAAUUCCAGGAGCACGAUGCAAAAAUCAUUAUGCAUAUGAAUGCUCCCUGUUUCUGUCAUUUAACCGUGUGCUCAAUCUCCAGGAGAGGUGAAGCAUGCCCUUCUCAACUAUCGCAGUGAAGAUAGCUGCAGCUUAGAGAGCAGCAGCAGCAGCAGCAGCAGCAGCAGCAGCAGGGACACAGAGGCUGCCAACACCUCGGCUCCUGAAUCCACACCAGAGGAGGCACUCCUGGACUCGGCAGUGAACCGCCCCACAGUCAGAUCCAAAAUCAAGGUACAGACUGUCAUUGUGAAUGAAGGUCACAGGUGGUCAGGGAACAGGAGGCGGGUAGGUGUGGAGGACUCCCUGGUCCUGAAUGGGGCAACUGUGCCCCUGAAGGACCAGGUGCGCAGCCUGGGAGUCAUUUUGGACUCACAUCUGUCCAUGGAGGCACAGGUCAAAUCUGUGUCCAGGGCAGCUGUUUACCAGCUCCAUCUGGUACACAGGCUGAGACCCUACCUGCCCGUGGACUGUCUUGCCAGAGUGGUGCAUGCUCUAGUUAUCUCUCACUUUGACUACUGCAGUGCGCUCUGUGUGGGCUACCUUUGAAGGUGACCCGGAAACUACAACUAAUCCAGAAUGCGGCAGCUAGGGAGCGGCUGCUGGGACUACAUAACACCAGUCUUGAAAGGCCUACAUUGGCUCCCAGUACGUUUCCGAGCACAAUUCAAAGUGCUGAUACUGACCUUUAAAGCCCUAAAUAGCCUCGGCCCAGUAUACCUGAAGCAGUGUCUCCACCCCCAUUGUUCUACCCGGACACUGAGGUCCAGCGCCGAGGGCCUUCUGGCGGUUCCCUCACUGCAAGAAGCCAAGUUACAGUGAACCAGGCAGAGGGCAUUCUCAGUAGUGGAAUGCCCUCCCACCAGAUGUCAAAGAGAACUACUAGAAUUUUAGAAGACAUCUGAAGGCAGCCCUGUUUAGGGAAGCUUUUAAUGUUUGAUGGACUACUGUAUUUUAAUAUUUUGUUGGAAGCCGCCCAGAGUGGCUGGGGAAACCCAGCCAGAUGGGCGGGGUAUAAAUAAUAAAUUAAUUUAAAUUAAUUUAAUUUAAAUAUGUUCCUUGUGUAUGACAUGGGACUGACUUGUGCGGUUAAUCUGACAAAAUAUUAGAUGAUUUUAACAUUUCUAGACACCUAUAAAGAAGCAACAUUUAGACAAGCAGCACAUGUUGAGGGACACACAGCAGGCUGGUCUAGCUAAUUCGCCUGUCAGUAUUGCUCAUGCAAGCUUUGAAUUUUGAAAAUAAAUAAAUAACUGUAAAUGAAAAUGCCUACUCUUGUCACUGCUAGUGGAAAGUCACUUUCUUAUACAAUGACUAUUGUUUGACUAGAAGCCGAUUCCAUUUUUGGAGCACUAGUCAUUGCCUACCAUUAAUGCGUAGAGCAGCUACUCACCCUGUCCUUCCAUCAGGUUUCAUAAAGUUGGAAUUGUGAUUUGUAGAGCAUUGAUACAAACCUCAAACAUUUGCCAAAACUGAGAUCAAUGCGGUUGAGGGCCUCUGACCAAGUCAAGGCUACUGUUGGGCAAGACCUCAUCUUGGAGCCUUUGGUACCGUUCCCCAUGGUAUCCUUUCGGAUUGUCUUCCUGGGAUUAAGAAUUGGGAGCACUGUAUGGCUGCUGAGUCUAGGGAGUAGUACUGAGAUAUUGCUUUUUUCAUGCCCCUGGCAGUAAGGAUCUUGCCUCCAUACCCCUACCUCCAUGUUAUCAUCCACACCAAACUUGUGAGAAACCACCAAAAUUGUGAGAAAUAAGAAAUCAUGUGAGUUAACAUUCCAGUAGAGGAGGAGAAGGGGAUCACAAAAGUUGUCUGAUAAGAAAUUAUAUUUAAAUUUUAUAUUUUUAAAUAUCUAUAUGUCAUUAUCCCAAGGAAAUAAGGCAAUUGGCAGGCACAUAGUAUGUCAGUUGCAGAUUGGCAGAUCUAAAGUUCUGCAGACUUGCUCCAGGACAUACUUUAGUUCAGGCUAGGUAAGAUCUGAGGGGCCUCACCAGCUCCUCAGUCAGGACCUGUGACUCGUUAAGAUCCUGUUUUAUUUUCCUCUCUUAGUUCACGACUGGCACUUGUGGCGAGGCCUUGUUGUACAACUGUGAGCUAUGCGGCAAAGGAUUUCGCCUGCAGCGCAUGCUGAACCGCCACACCAAGUGUCACAGUCAAGUGAAGAGGCACUUGUGCACCUUCUGUGGGAAAGGAUUCAAUGAUACUUUUGAUCUGAAAAGACACGUAAGGACACACACAGGUAAGAAAUGAGGUGCACUUUCCAUUCCUUUGGAAUGUCCAUAGGAAAGUUUGCACUAUUGACCUGUUUGUGUAUUCAUUUAAAGCAUUUUUCUUCUACUCUUCUGGAAAAAAAGAAAAGUUCCCAGAGCAGCUUAGAAAUCUCAGUGAUAAAACAGAUAAGCCCAUUUGCUUUUUGCAUAUGAAAACACCAAGUAGCUCCUGGUUCAAAACAGGAGUGGGGGACUUCAGGGCCAGGACGCAAAUGUCCCAGACCUCAGUGUCGAACUGUGGAAAUCUGCCCAGGCCACCCGCUCUUGCUGGCCCUGCUCUGCACCCUUCUCUAGUGAUUUUACCCCACUGGACUGUGGCAAUACCGCUGGCCAUGGCCUCUUCCCCCACCCCUGCUCAUCUAAGGUUGCUAACAGGCAGCUUGCAGCUUGAACACAUUUAAGCUUUAUGUGCCUGGUGGCCAGGUGGCUGAAAACACACCAAUUAGACACACACAAGGCAGGGUGCUAAAAAGCGCUUCUCGGUUCUGGGAAGGUUUCACACGAGUUCUAAAAGCCUCCAGAGCCCAGUAAGCAAGGUGGAGAGCAAGGCCUGCUGCCUUCAGGGAAGCAGGGGCAGUUGCACUGGGGCACUAUCCAGGGUCGUUCUGAUAAUACACGAUUUUGGCUUUACAAGCAAUCCCCCAGAACAUAACCCUAGCACAAGUUGCAAGCCUACUGUAUUCCUCUGAAAAGGAGCAGCAAAUACUAACACUGCUGUUGUGUAUUCUGUUUUGUGUUCAUUUCAAAUUAAAAGCAGCGUUCAGCUAAUGCAAAUACUGCACUGUUAAUCUUGAGCACACUUUUUUCCCCAAACGUUCAUAUUUUGUUUCCAAUUUUAUAUAAUUAAUCAUGCAUUUUUAAACUAAUUUCUAGAUUUCCCCUCUAGUUUUGACAGCUUUGGGGAGGGAAAAGAAGCUAUGCAAGACACUUAAGCCUGGUAUAAAUAUUACCCAGUUUCUCCCUUAUAAGUAUUUUCAAACAUAUAUUUUCAGCUAUAAAGGACAGAAGCAAAUUUCUGAGUUCUGCAGAAAUAUUAAUUUUGUGACCUGUACCACAUUCAGCCCUUUCCCCCAAAGAAUUAAAACAUACACAUAGCAAUGAGAAACAUCAUCAGCUACAGUUUGCAAUGAUCAAAUCUGUAAAUGUAUGCAGUGGAGUUAAAUGCUGGGGAUUAUUUUUAGAACGUUCCUUAAAGUUCCUAAAAAUUACAUUUCAGGAAUCCGCCCAUACAAAUGCGAGAUCUGCAACAAAGCCUUUACCCAGCGCUGUUCCCUGGAAUCACACCUUAAAAAGAUCCACGGAGUGCAGCAACAAUAUGCUUACAAACAACGAAGAGAUAAACUGUAUGUCUGUGAGGAUUGUGGCUACACAGGCCCAACCCAAGAGGACUUGUACAUGCACAUCAGUAAUAUUCAUCCUGGAAGUGCUCUUCUGAAGAAAACAUCCAAAAAACUUGCAGCUGUUUUGCAAAACAAACCGAUCUCUCCAAUGGAGAUGAGCCCAGAAGAGACUGGGGAGCAACAGUAAUAUUGCACUGCAUUGUAGUGGCCAAAUGAGUUGGAAGUUUACAAUUGUCUGAAGUCGGGUUGCCAAGUGUCAUGGUCUGAUAAAACAUUUCAGGGUUUUAGUGGCCCUGUUGAAAUCCCUAGAGGAAGGGAAGACUGAAAUCUCUUGGGCAGGCAAGCUAGCAUCUGUUUGGCUUAAGAGUUUUUAACUAUUCUCGCUGUUAGUACACACAGGCCCAUUAGAUCAGAAUCUUCCCUUGACCUGUCAGGUGCUGCCUUCAGCCUACAUCUGAUGUCACUAAACUCUGCUCAUAACCUUGCAGGAUUUACCUACCGAGCUGCAAAGCGCCAUCCUUUAAGCUCCCUAUUCUCUGAACUCUAGGGGACACGGCAACCCUGACCAGAACUGAAUUCAAAAGGAAGACAGCACUCAGCCUGGUCUGAUCAAACUGUCCAGGUACUUAAUUUUUGAACGUGAAUAAAAUCUCCCCAGUAUGGGGCGAACAUAGUACAGUACAUAGCACAAUCUGAAUUGUGCUUUGUUCUCUCUCAGCCUUUGUACAGACAUCUAAUACGCGCCUUUGAUAAAGAAACAGUUACCUAUGGCUAUAACGUAUUUGACCAAAAUAAAUGUAUUUAAUUUGAAUACAGGCCUAGAAUUCAAAUAAAAUAUAUUUGUCAAUAACACAAUAACCAUCAUUGUAUUCCCCCUCCCCACCAAGAAACCAAAGUCUGUUAUGAAAUAUUCCAAUA